AUGUUGAGUCCUCAAGCCACCUCGAUCCUGGUUCUCGCCCUCAGCAGCAGGGUCCUGUCAAGUCCAGCCUUCAUAUUUCAAGACACCAUCCGCUUCCACGGCCUCGACAGUGUCUCGUCAGAGUCAGUGCAUAAUAUCCACGUCACCUAUGAGGACAACUUUCCGCACGGCAAUGUUAAAAUUGUGUACGGCGAAUGUAACCCCAAGAGCACCAACCACUAUCAACAUGAAGUGGCGUCUCUGUUCACGAGACGGGAGGCUGCCCCAGACCGUCUGGUAUGGGUCGUUCCCCAUGAUGUCAGCCAGGAAGGUUGUCUUCAUGCCUACUCUGAGGGCCGUCUGCUUGGUCGUUCCGAGCCCAUCAGCUUCUCUCACCCGCAUCGAAAGCGCCAGACCCUACACGAGACGGGCGAUUCCAACGGGCUUUGGUUCAACGGCGUCAAGUACUUGAACUCCACCAAGAAGGCCUCUCUGUCUACAGCCGAAGCCAAGAGCAAGAAGAUAGCCAUCGUCGGAGGUGGAAUGGCUGGACUCAUGACGAGUCUGCUCCUGACCUCAGUUGGCAUCACUGACUGGCAUAUUAUUGAGUCUACCGCCCGCGUAGGCGGCCGUGUUCGCACCAAGUACCUCAACGGCACUGGACCCAACGACUACCAAUACCAGGAGAUGGGCCCCAUGCGAUUCCCCGUGUCAGUUAAAUACACAGACACCAACGAGACCCUCGACAUUCAGGACCACAAGAUGGUCUUUCAGCUGGCCGAUGUGCUCAAUGAGAUGAACGGCGAAGACUCGGAUCUAGCCGUUAAGUUCAUCCCCUGGAUCCAGAGCAGCCCCAACACGCCAACAAACUCGCGCGGAUACCGCCUACCGAACGGUCAGAUUCCCAGCAGCGCGCAGGCUGCUGCCAGUCCUGGCAUGAUCCCUAAGGCGGCCAAUGCCUCUGACCCUGAAGGUGCCGAGCUGGGCGGUAAGUUCCUCGAACGCCUGCUUGACAUGUCACCGGAGCGCAUGCGCAACAUUUCCACGAACGUGUUCCAAGCCCACCGCGACGCCAUCGACAGGGGCCUCUUCAGCUGGUCCGAGGCCGCCUACCUCAAGUACCAGCUUGGUCUGGAUGAAGACACUGUCGACUUUGUCGGCGGUUCAGGCAACUCGCCCAUGUGGGGUGACUGGUAUGACAAUGUCUACUUCUCGGCCACCACCUGGCGCACUAUUGACAAGGGCCUUGACUCACUCCCUCGGGCUUUCACGCCUCAUGUCGAGGGAAAGAUUACGUACGGCCGAAAGAUUGACGGGCUUCAGUACAACGAGACGACGUCCAAGGUGGCGCUCACCUGGAGAGAAAGCCCCCUUGACAGGGAGCCCAAGAGUGACGAGUAUGACUAUGCAGUCGUGGCCGUUCCAUUCUCCAAGAUCAGGCUCUGGAGGACUCCCACCUAUUCCAGCCUGCUUUCGAGGGCCAUCUCCACUUUGAAUUACGCCCAGUCUUGCAAGGUUGCUCUGCACUACGAGACCCGCUUCUGGGAGCACCAGGAGAACCCCAUCUUCGGAGGCUGCGGGUCAACCGAUAUCCCCGGAGUCGGCUCCGUCUGCUACCCCGCAUACAAGAUCAACUCCACCGGGCCCGGUGUCAUCCUUGGCUCCUAUACUUCGGGCACGGCAGCGCGCUCCGUCGCUGCUCUCAGUGAAGAGGACCACGUUGCCCUUAUCCAGCGCGCCAUGGUGGAGGUCCAUGGCGAAAUCGCCAACGAGCAGUGGACCGGUGCCUACGAUCGUCAGUGCUGGGAGGUGGACGAGCACCAGGCUGGCGCAUGGGCGUCCCCUACCGUCGGCCAGCAGGAGCUGUUCAUUCCUGCGUACCACAAGACCGAGAUGAACACCAUCUUCGUCGGUGAGCACACUAGCAUAACGCAUGCCUGGAUCUUUUCAGCUCUCGAAUCUGCUGUGCGGGGAACCACGCAGCUACUCUUGGAUCUCGGCCUUGUCGAUGAGGCGAAGGAGAUUGUUGACACCUGGAUGGCGCGCUGGAUCACAGUAUAG